UUAAACGCCGAUCCGUGGCUCUGGGAUAGACUGUGCUACCUGCGCUGCGGCCGUCAAAACUCCGCAGGCUUCUCUGAAGAUCACCGAGCCGUAGUUGGGUCCGUGCUCCUGGGUCUCCUGCUGUGUCUGAGUGUCGCCGCGCCGCAGCCAUGUUUCGCAACCAGUAUGACAAUGAUGUCACUGUUUGGAGCCCUCAGGGCCGGAUUCAUCAAAUUGAAUAUGCAAUGGAAGCUGUUAAACAAGGUUCAGCCACAGUAGGUCUAAAGUCAAAAACACAUGCAGUGUUGGUUGCAUUGAAGAGGGCACAGUCAGAACUUGCAGCUCACCAGAAGAAAAUUCUCCAUGUUGACAACCAUAUUGGCAUCUCAAUUGCGGGUCUGACUGCUGAUGCUAGACUGUUAUGUAAUUUUAUGCGCCAGGAAUGUUUGGAUUCCAGAUUUGUAUUUGACAGACCACUUCCUGUGUCUCGCCUUGUGUCUCUGAUUGGAAGCAAGACCCAGAUCCCAACACAGCGGUAUGGCCGGAGACCAUAUGGUGUUGGGCUGCUUAUUGCUGGUUAUGAUGACAUGGGCCCUCACAUUUUCCAAACCUGUCCAUCUGCUAACUAUUUUGACUGCAGAGCUAUGUCUAUUGGAGCCCGUUCUCAAUCAGCCCGGACUUACCUGGAGAGACAUAUGUCAGAAUUUAUGGAGUGCAAUAUGGAUGAGCUGGUUAAGCAUGGUCUGCGUGCCUUAAGAGAAACACUCCCUGCAGAGCAGGACCUGACCACAAAGAAUGUUUCCAUUGGAAUUGUUGGUAAAGACUUGGAGUUUACAAUCUAUGAUGAUGAUGAUGUGUCCCCAUUCCUGGACGGUCUUGAAGAAAGGCCACAGAGAAAAGCACAGCCUUCACAGGCUGCUGAUGAACCUGCAGAAAAAGCUGAUGAACCAAUGGAACAUUAAGUGAUAAAGGAUACAAGGAUAUGAGGAUGCAGAGACAUACACUGGUGACAAUGAUCUGUACUUAGAACCAACAGCUGCGCAGUAUGGGGUGGUAUGUUUUAGGAAUCAGUCCAGAUGGGAGUUUUCUCCAAGCAACUUCACAGAAACCAUAUAAUGGGUGCAUUUUCUUUGAAAGGGUCUACAUAAUCAUUUUCUAGAAAGUAUAGGUAUCUAUACCAAUGUUUUUAUAUGAAGAAAAUAGUGUCUUUGCAGUUUUAAAGACAACUGUGAAAUAAAAUUGUUUCACCUCC